AUGGCACCACCUCCAGCACCAAUAGUACUAGACUCCCAAUCUGUCAGUGGAAUAACUGGUUCCAUAUCUAUUGCUUGUUGGAUUAUAGUUUUUGCACCCCAGAUAUAUGAAAAUUUCAAAAGAAAAUCACUGGAGGGAUUAUCAUUAACGUUCAUUGUAUUAUGGUUGGCUGGUGAUGUAUUCAAUGUACUUGGGGCAGUAUUACAAGGUGUUUUACCAACAAUGAUUAUAUUGGCAGUAUAUUAUACACUUGCUGAUAUUGUGUUAUUAUGGCAAUGUUUAGCUUAUGGUAAUGGGAAAAACCCUGAUUUGAUUCAUUUAUCUCCAGCAAAUCCAUUAAGUGAAGAUGUGUUGGAAACUGUUAUAUCCAAUGAAGAGCGUCAUCAUACCCGUCACAGAAAUCAGCAACCGGGCAAUCAAGAAUUUAGGGGUACUGCUGUCACCACCGGAAGUAGCACUGAUGAUUUAGAAAGUACAUCAAGUGUUACUAGUUCAAUGAGCAAAUCGUCACAAUUUCAAAGCUUUCUUAUAAAUACAUUAAUGGUUACUUUAGUCAUAGCAUCAGGGGUUAUUGGUUGGUAUAUAUCAUACAUCAAAGACUCCAAACACCAUCCAAAACAUCCUGGCAAACAUAAGCCCGAAGAAUUGGUAUUUGACCCAUUAGCACAAAUAUUUGGUUGGUUAUGUGCAAUUUUAUAUUUGGGUUCUAGGAUUCCUCAGAUUGUUCUAAAUUAUGAAAGAAAAUCUUGUGAUGGUAUUUCAUUUAUGUUUUUCUUAUUUGCAUGUUUAGGUAAUUUAACUUAUGUGAUUUCUAUUUUAUCAAUUGAUAUGAGUUGGAAUUACUUGUGGGUUAAUUCAUCGUGGUUAGCAGGAUCUUUAGGUACUUUGGGUUUGGAUUUCACUAUUUUUGUUCAAUUUUUCCUUUAUAACGAAAGUAAAGAUGACUUUAGUGAAUAUGAAUCUUCAAGUGAAACAGAGCUGGAGUCGUUGUUGACUAGCAGCGACAGAUCCUACGGUACUGCUUAA